UGCUCGCUCCUCAGUCCCUGGCUUGCCCUGGCUGCGACCGGAGCUGGCCACCUGCCGCCACCCCUUGCACGCCUGUUCGCUCACUCAGCCCCGCGCCCUCCCCGCUCCUGCUCCUGCUCCCGGGCCGGGGGGCCGCGAUGGCCUGCCGCUCCUGCGUCGUCGGCUUCAGCAGCUACAGCAGUUGCGAGGCAACCCCAGCCGGAGGCCCUCAGCCUGGGACUUCGGGAUGGGACAUCUGCGGGGACCCCAGGCCGAGCUUCAGCUCCCGCAGCCUCACGGGCUACUGCCCGUCUGGCACCAUCCCUAAGGUGACUGUGAACAGCAGCCUGCUGGUGCCCGUGGACUUCAAGGUGGACCCAGCCAUCCAGCAGCUGAAGAACCGGGAGAGGGAGGAGAUGAAGGUCCUCAAUGAUAAAUUUGCCUCCCUGAUUGGCAAGGUGCAAGCCCUGGAGCAGCGCAACCAGCUGCUGGAGACCCGCUGGAGCUUUCUGCAGAGCCAGGAGUCGGCCACCUUCGACCUCGAGCACCUCUACGAGGAGUACCAGGGCCGGCUGCAGGAGGAACUGCGCAGAGUGAGCCAGGAGCGAGGGCAGCUGGAGGCCAACCUGCGGCAGGUGCUCGAGAAGGUCGAGGAGUUUCGCAUCAAGUAUGAGGACGAGAAUUCCAAGCGUACAAACAUGGAGUUCACCUUCGUUCAGCUGAAGAAGGACCUGGACACUGAGUGUCUCCGACGGACUGAACUGGAAACCAAGUUAAAAGGCCUGAAGAGCUUCGUGGAGCUGAUGAGAACCAUUUACGAGCAGGAGCUGAAGGACCUGGCGGCCCAAGUGAAGGACGUGUCGGUGACCGUGGGCCUAGACAGCCGCUGCCACGUCGAUCUGAGCGGCCUCAUUGAGGAGGUGAAGGCCCAGUACGACGCCAUCACAGCCCACAGCCUGGAGGAGGCCACGGCAUACUCCCGCAGCCAGCUGGAGGAGCGGGCUGCCUGCUCAGCCGAGUAUGGGAAAAGCCUCCAGAGCUGCCGCAGCGAGAUCGCUGACCUCAACGUGCACAUCCAGAAGCUCCGAUCCCAGAUCCUCUCCAUCCAGAGCCAUUGCCUGAAACUGGAGGAGAACAUCAAGGGGGCUGAGGAGGAAGGUGAGCUGGCCUUCCAGGACGCCAAGGCCAAGCUGGCCCAGCUGGAGGCCGCCCUGCAUCAGGCCAAGCAGGACAUGGCGCUGCAGCUAAAAGAGUACCAGGAGCUGAUGAACGUCAAGCUGGCCCUGGACGUGGAGAUCGCCACCUACAGGCGCCUGCUGGAGGGCGAGGAGUGCAGGGUGGACUUGCCCUCAGCCACCGUGGUCAGCACUGUGCAGUCCCGAUCCAGAAUUGCUGCCUCCAAGUCAGGCUUCUCCACGGCCCCCACCCGCAAGAUGAAGAAUGGCAAAGGGCAUGUGAUCAAAAUCACCGAAACGUCGGAGAAGUUCCUCUCACAGGAGUCAGAGGCCUCAGACUAAGGCAGCUGGACCCCUACUGCAGCAGGAGGGACUUCAGCUAGACUCAAGAAAGCAGCUUGGAGCCUCUGGGCUGGGAUGGGAGGCAAAACCUGAUAGUGAACUGAGAGGAGGAGGGUUCCAACUCCUCUGAGAGGAUACUGAACUGAAAGGAGACAUUUGUGGGUUGCCCAGGGGUAGGAGAGGGGUGUCCCCAGAUAUUUAGAUCCCCUCCACUCCAUAUCAACAUCUCACAGUCCCACCCUUCCAACCUUCUGACCAGAGUUUCUCCUGAGGGGGUAAACUGGAAUUUGAGAUGAGUUUUGUCUCUACUUCCUCUCUCCUUGAGGCUCCUUCCCCAACGCAGGGCUUGAACCAAUGUCACUCUGACCCUUUGGCCCAACCCUUGCCCUAAACUUACAUCUCAAGCCUUGCCUUGCCUCUGCGUCAGAACCAAGGCUGGUGCCCUCACUUGCCCAACCGAGCCCCAGCCUGGACUGGGGCCUGGUGAGCACUGGGACACCCCACUCACGGAGGCUGGGUGCUGAGUACCUACCUCCUGGCCUUCCUGCACCACUGGGGCUCCCCAGUCACCUGACAGUAUUAGGGAGCAAGGGGAGGAGAGCCCCUGGUGUUUGGGACCUGAGCCUGGACAUCUGAGAUCAGCCCAGACCCCUCUGUCCCCUCUCCUCCUGUGGGUCCCUCCCAGAAGGUCUCAGUCAGAACCGGACCGGCAGGGUGUGGGGGUGCCUCCCCCAACCAGCUCCCAGCGCCUUCUCCAAAGCUAUUCUUGCCAUGAUCAACUCCCUGGGGUAUAGGCCAGAUGGCAGCCUGGGCCCGGGCAGGAGAAGGAGAUCUCUCACCUCCCUGCCAGCCCUGGGUUCACAACCCCUGCCUGGGAUCUGAGCGCUCCACCCCUGCAGCCCAGGCCCUCCCCGGCCCAAACACAUGAUCUUGGAGCACCAGGUCCUGGAGACCCCAGCUCCACUCCUGCCGUGAAACCCCAGGCCCAUUUCCCACCAAUGCCACUUCUCAGGGCCCCUGUUAUCUCCAUCAGCCCAAACAGCCUGGCCCUCCCCUUCCUUUGCAUUCAUCAAAGAGCCUGGGAACACCACGCGCCUCUGAGGUUACAGCUGCUUCUUUCCUAGGGGUGUCCUGCCCUUGACCUCUACCAUCCUCCCUCUGUCCAUGCCCACUCUCCCGGCAUCCCACGGAGCCUGGAGGAAGGCACAGUCCAGGCCGGUCUGGGAGCCUCUGAGCCCUGGAGGUCAGGCUGGGGAGCCUCAAUGGCAGUCUUACAAGGGCCCAAGCAAAGAGAAAAGUUCUGGGGUCUUAUAGGAGCGCUCCUCUUUUCUCCUCUUUUCUCCCACCUUUGCAGUUUGCAGGGGGAUCUGAGCAGUUCCAGCCUCCCACUAGACAGGCCCCCUUCUCUCCUGCCCUCUCUUGUCCCCUUGCCCUCACCUCCUCUUCCAGCACCAAUCCUGAAUACAUUCCUCUCAUUCUCCAGGACAUCGUUACCCCCAGGCCUCCGCCCCGCUAGGUCUUAAGGCCGUCCAGGCCUGUAGGGGGCGCCGGAGGGCUACCGACGCUCAGGCUGGAGGGAGCCCAGACAUACACCCAUCUCUGUGUCAGGAAAUCCCAAAAGAGGGUGCUGACUGCUGCUUUUUCUCAGGCUAUUUAUUGGUUUCCAAGGGAGCAGUUCCUCAGUGGGGAUACAAGAUAUAUAAAGUAUAUACAUUAUUUUUUCAUAACUUAUGUGGCUUUUAACUUAUUGCUUCCCUUCCUGUUUCUGCAUAAUCGAUGCGGUAUAUACUAUCUUUCUGGAUAGAGAACUUAUAUCCCAGCCACCCCAUCUGACUGGCUGACUAUCUUGGGGCGGUGCCCCCUUCUCCCUGCCAAGGGAUGAAUAAAGUGCUGAGAUUUGUCUGUGGAUAAA